AUGGUUUGUCGAGAGCCAACCCGCCCCCCGGCUAUCCCUGAGAUUGCACCUUUCCCGCCUUUGCAGCUGCGCUUCCGUGCGCUUCAUCUGGGCGGGCGCUGUGAAUGGCUGGACCGGGGUGCCGACCGCGAGGAGGGGGCGCUUCUCCACACCUUCUAUCCGUUGAACACCCCCAUCACCCUACGGCGGAUUCAUUCUGAGCUGGAUUGGAAACCGAAUUGGAUUUCACGACGCCUGUCGACAUCGAACCUCCGGUCACUAGACCCUGGCGAUCACCCUCUUGGUAGCAGCAGCAUCCAGGACCCGACACUAUUCCACGACGUAUGCGUGACUGGUCCUCGUCAGUUCUUGGAUCGCAUCUCUGCGCCCUUUCGCCGUCCUAGUCGCGGCCAGGCCUGGUGA